AUGUGCAUCACAUUUACUAUUGUUAUUCUUGUUAUAAUUAUAACAAGUUCAAUUGUGCUCUUCAGAACAAAAAAGACGAAUAGUGAACAAAUAUCUACAACAGAAGAAACAACAAUUGAAAUAACAGAAAAAAUGGAAGUAACAACAGAACUAACUACGACAUCAUCAUCAACAACAACAUCAACAUCAACAUCAACAACAAUAGCAACCAAAACAUCAACAACAACAAUAUCAACAACAGCAGUAUCAACAGCAACACCGCAAUGGACAAUGACAGGAAACAUGAAUGUUGCACGAAAAUUUCACACAGCAUCUAUAUUAACAAAUGGAAAAGUAUUAGUUAUUGGUGGAUAUAAUGGUGUUUCUCUAUAUAGUACUGAAUUGUAUAAUCCAUCAAUAGAAAUAUGGACAACUACUACUAGCAUGAAUCUUGAACGACAGCAACACACUGCAUCUGUAGUCACAAAUGGAAAUGUGUUAGUUGCUGGAGGAAUUAAAGAUAAAGUUUUUUUGAAUACUGCUGCAUUGUACAAUCCAUCAGCAAAUAGUUGGACAAAUACGGGAAACAUGCAUGGUGUACGAGGUGCUCACACAGCAACUAUAUUAACAAAUGGAAAAGUGAUAAUUAAUGGUGGAGAUGGUGGUAGUGGUUUUCUUAACACCGCUGAAUUAUAUAAUCCAUCAACAGGAAUCUGGACACGUACAGGAAACAUGAAUUAUAAUCGUGUUAAUCAUGCAACAUCUUUAUUAACAGAUGGAAAAGUGUUAGUUGCGGGUGGAUAUAAUGGUGGUUAUCUAAAUAGUGCUGAAUUAUAUGAUCCAUCAACCGGUAAUUGGACACAUACAGGUAGCAUGAGUGCUACACGACAAGAUAGUACACUAUCUACAUUAAUGAAUGGAAAAGUGUUAGUUGCUGGUGGAUCUGACGGUGGUUACCUAAAAAGUGCUGAAUUAUAUGAUCCAUCAACGGGUAAUUGGACAACUACAGGUAGCAUGAAUUUCGCACGAGCAUGUCAUACAGCAUCAUUAUUGUCCAACGGAAAAGUAUUAGUUACUGGUGGAUCUAAUGGUGUUUAUAUAAAUAAUACUGAAUUAUAUGAUCCAUCAACAGGAAUUUGGACAAAUACUACUAACAUGAAUAUUGCACGACGACAUCACACAGCAUCUGUAUUCACAAAUGGAACGGUGUUUGUUGUUGGUGGUGAGGAUGGUAAUAAUAUGUACCUGAAUAAUGCAGAAUGGUAUCCAUUGCCAUAA